CACGUUUAUAAUUUAAAGAAGUGGUAAAGAUGAGAAAUUUUUUUUUUUUGUAUCUAAAUGAAAUUAAUAAUUGCUAUAGACGUAAUUCUUGCCAGCAUCUUUACAAUAUUUAUGGAAACAGGCGUUAUAGCCAACACAAGUAGCCCAACUCUUUUUAACAUCGAUAGGAGAAUUACCAUUAGAAAUAUAUUUCUUGAAUCCACAGUUGCUUCCAGCUUCAUAAGUAGGUCCAACACCAGGUCCAUGUUCAUUUGGGGGAUCAACACAUCUUUGAUAAUUCAAGAAGACACAGCCUUGUACAGUCUGAGCGAGGACAAAGGCAAGAACAACAAUGGAAAACAAAUAUUUAAGCAUCUUGAUAAACUAUAGUAAUAAGAAAAGAAAAAAGGAUUGGCAAAGAAAAAAUCAGGACUUUUUUUUUUGUAUGAAGAUUGGGAACUAGUUACUAGAAUUUCACUUUUUU